AUGUUGUUGUCAGAGCCGUCCAGCGUGGAAACCUUGCCUGUGGAGGAGGUUGAGGAUAAAGGGGACCAAGUUGAAAAUGCCGUCCUCUUCGACGGCUCCGGGAAUGACCCAUCAGUCGAACUAAUAGACACAGAGAUGGAAGAGAGAAAGUCAGAAUUUAAAGAAAGUCUGAAUUCCUUAAACCUGCGAGUGAGCCUUUCCUCCAAGUAUUGGUCUAAGUCACAAUUAGAAAACAUCAGUAAAAUGACGAUGCAGAUCUGUAUGCAGCAACAAGACUUACUUGAUGUCGAACAAGAUAAAAUGCAAGAAAACCUCACCCAGGAAAGUGGAGAAACCAAGCAGAUUUUAGACAGAACGAACGAGAAUGAAAGUGUGUCUUACCUGCCAGGAGUCUUUCCUCAGGAGAUUCCUACAACUACAGGACAACAACAUAAUGUAACUUCAGAGCAAGACUUUGGUGAAAUCCUAGGAGAGAAGGAAGUUGAAACUCCUAAUCAAGGAAACCAAACAGAAGAUGAAGUCUAUUUAAGGAAGGAAAUGGUGAAUACACUUAAAGAAUUGCUAGAAGCCACAAGACAAAAUGGGCGUCUGUUGAUGAUGUUGGACUCCAGUAUUAAGAAGAAUACAAUGGUACUGCAAAACUUUACUGACUUGCAGAGGGCAAAACUGAAGGAGGAAGAGAGUUGUUGAAAACUAUCCUUUCCCAGGUGAACAUGCUGAUAAUCUUGAAAGAACUCAUAUUUAUCUUAGGCCACCAACCACCUUUAAAAGCCGAACAAUCAUCUCUUUUAUCA